AUGCUAGAGGAAAGAUCAGUUUGUCUUCAUCCGUCCUACAUCGAGUGUUUGGCCCCAAUCUUGACAGCUCAAAAGCAAUGGUUUGCUGUGGCUAGCGAAAUGGCAGAUGGAAAAGUUAGAGAGUUGUUAAAAGGUGAUAUUUUCAAAGUGUUCGAAGGAGGAGCAAAGGAAGUACGAAAGCAAAAUCUCGUAUACGAGGAUGGCUGUACAGUAAAUCCGGAGUGGUUCAGUAGCAAGACAAAAGACAUAGUGCCGGCUGACAUCAAAGUUAAAGAUAGACGGCAUUUUAUUUUUGCACUUGAAAACCAGCUAGAUCAGUUGUGCUCUGCUAAAAAUUGGUAUCUAGAUGGUACAUUUAAACUGGUUAGCAAGCCAUUUACCCAGUUUGUCACAAUAAAUGUUUUUGUGAGAGCCGGGGAAUGCAUCAAGCAAGUUCCCCUAGUUUGUGUUGUGAUGUCAGGAAAGAAAGAAAGGAUUACAAAAAGGUUCUCAACAAAGCGUUGUAUCUAUUACCCUACCUUCCAAAGGCAACGAAAGUGGUCAUUGGGAUUUGAAAAAGCAAUGUGUUUGGAGGUGAAGGCAGUUCUCCCUGGAGUCAAAGUGCAGGGCUGUGUUUUUCAUUGGACUCAGGCAUUGUGGAGGAAGGUCCAGGCACUAGGAUUGGCCAUUGCAUACAAGAAAGAUGAUGGUACAUAUAAGUUUGUCAGGAGGCUGAUGGCACUUCCUUUUCUUCCAAGGCAUAAGAUUGUUGAUAAAGCUUCAUUUCAUUUCAGGCUACUUGCUGAAGAAACAACAGAGGGCCUCCAAGCUCUAACAGGAUAUAUCCAAGAAAAAUGGAUUGAAAGUACAGUAUUCCCACAAGAAAACUGGAGUGUAUAUGGCCAGGUACACACCAACAAUGACCUGCAAGGCUACCACAAUGCCCAAAACCGUAGAGCAAGUGGCAAAGUCCACUUGCCAUUCUAUAUGCUUGUUCAAUUUUUAUAUAAAGAAUCUAACCUUGUGGGGCUACAGAUUAAGCUAGUUUCUGAAGAAAAACGUAAAAGAAUACAGAGAAAGAAAUAUCGUAAUUUGCAAUGUAAAGUGUUAAAACUAUGGGAGGAUUAUUCUAAGAAUGAGAGAUCACCCGCUCAGCUUUUGAAAGCAUGUUCAGUUUUUGAACGGACCAAUUCGUGGCCAUUGAACUUAAUUGUAGGUUUCUUUUGUUGA